AUGGAGGGUUUCGACCCGAUAUCCAUGACCUACAUGGCCACCAAUUUUGAGCCCGUCGACAAUGCUGCGACAGCUUCCAACAUGUACAGCAACAUGAUGAUGAUGCCGAAUGACUUUAUGGAACAAUACUCGACCUACGACUCGCAGACGGUUUACCCAGGAGACGAAUACUAUCAACUGCCGCCUCCACAGACAACGCCUUCUCUCAAGCGCUUCUCCAGCACUUUCGACGAUGCCUUCUCCGAUGCCGUUGGUGCCUUUGAGACGAUUGCCGAGACGGGGACCCAAGAUGCUCACGAUACACAAGACGCGAAAGAGAUAGCAAUAGAACAAGGUCACACAUAUCUGAAGUUCACUCCGCCCGAGUACGACUAUGCUCUGCUCGACUACAACUUCCGCCAGGUAUCUGUAAGCUUGACUGCCGACUUGCUGGGACUCUUCUUCACCGAGAAGUCGGCUUGGGCGAAACCAGCCGAGAACACUGAGCUGAUGUGCUACCGUCGCAACAUCUUCCAGGUCUCGGGCAGCGUCCUAGUCCCUCGAGCUCUGCGUAAUAUCGUUACCGAGCAGACGGAACAGAUCCCAAUCGUCUCCCAAGAGCUCAUCAUCUCGGCCACAGAGUCUGCUGAAGGAAGUCCUACCAAGAUCAUCUGUGUUCCUUGGAAGACCCCGCCUAACGGAAAUGCUACCACUGAGGAGAGAUCCGAGAAGGAACCUCCGUCAAUACCGCUGGAUCCCACUACUGCUCAGGAGGGAGACGCCAACUUUGCGACCUUUCCCUUCCAUUGGAAGCGCUUACAAUUUCGCAGCGCUACAGCGAAUAACGGAAGAAGAAAAGAGCUACAACAACACUUCAUCGUCCAUCUCAAGGUCGUAGCCACGCUGGCAACAGGUGGUAAAGUCACCAUUUGCCAUACCAAAUCGAAUCCUAUCGUUGUCAGAGGCCGAAGCCCGAGGAACUUCCAAUCAAGAAAGGACAUUCUGCUCACCGGGAAUGGAACGCACACGAAGAAGCCUACCACAGCAGCCCCAAGACCGCGUCUAGCGUCCCAGGCAGAUAUUGGUCAUGCCCGAAAACUUUCUCGAAACAGUGUGACCACGGUUCCCAGGAACGAGACCCCGGCUGUCGCCUUCGACAACACAAAUUUCCAAGCACCCCCACUGUUCAACAACACAUUCCAGCAAACUGCUAGAACUGCAAUACCUCCAACUGCUCGACUCUCAGAACCCAAGGACUACGCUGUCUCGUCCCCGGAUCUAUUACGGCAGGCAUCGAAAAUGCCUGCACCAGCUCAAGUGCCGCAGAAGCUUUCCCUGACCGACGAAGAAGAGCCCAAGCAAUCAUCCAUGAGUCCUCCCAAGAUUGGCAACACAGGCAAGCGUGCAGCAGCAGGUCGUGCAGCGAGUACACCUUCUGCCCUCGCUUUGCAAGUGGGCAGCAGUCCCGACGAGAGCGCAGACUUAUUGUACGAGUACUUUCCUCUUAGUUUGGAUGACUGGCAGCCUCCUGUGGAUGCUGUGUAUCGUCCACACGUUGUACAUCACAUCAAUCCCCUGCCUGAGAACAAGGCUCGCGAUCGCUUGAGCCGUCUCAAGAAUAAACGCUACUUCAGUGAGGACGUUGGAUGA